AUGGGUUCCUCAGUGCUUCGGCUUGGGUGCCUCUGGCUGCUGGCAGCCAGCUUGCUCUGCGUUGCAGAUUGCCAAGAGGACGGGUUGAAGGGCGCCCGCAAAGUUCUGCACGUUGGGGACGAGUUGGGGUGCCCAUGUGCCCAUGAGGGACACUUUGCUGGCGAUUGCCCUUGCCAUUUGGACACCACUUGGCUUGACAACGACGAGUGCCCGUCAUGCCCAGUCUAUGCCUGUGGCGAAUGCGACCCCUUGAAGUGCGACGAGUGCAAGAGGUGCUGCGAUGGUGCAGUCCCGUCAGAUGACAGGAAGACAUGCUCAUGCCCGUCCUGUGACAUCACCGGGUGCCUGGAGUGCGAUGCUGAGGAUUGCUCCAAGUGCUUGGUGUGCCAGCAUGGCUUCAAGCUGGGGGUGGACAGGAAGUGCGAGUGCAACACCUGCCACGUGCCGUAUUGUGAGACAUGCGAGCCAGACAACUGCUACAAGUGCAAGACCUGCAACCCAUUCCUCGCCCUGGCCAGCGACGGCAGGGCCUGCGAGUGCCCCGAGUGCCCCAUCAACGGCUGCAAGGUUUGCAACCCGGAGAAGUGCGAUGAAUGCAUCGACUGCAUCAACGGCGACGUCAUCUCCUACGGGGGAUGCAAGGUCGACGAGGUGUGCCACCUACCGAACUGCGUGGUCUGCCCAGACGGGACCACCUGCGAGAAGUGCGCAUACGGCUACGAGCCCAUCGACUACGGCGCCAAGUGCAAGUGCGCCGAGUGUGCCGUGGACAACUGCGCCGAAUGUAGCCCCGAGAACUGCGACGAGUGCCUGAAGUGUAAGGAUGGGUUUGAUCUGACAUUUCCGCCCACGGGCUACGAGCCGGGGGAGGUUCCCGCCCUCCCCACCUGCGAGGUGCACGACUGCGAGGCCAACGUGCCGCACUGCGCCAUCUGCGACGAGUACGACCCCACCGUGUGCAAGAUGUGCAAGGUGGGCUUCAAGUGGUGCGACAAGGACAAGGUCUGCAAGUGCGAGCACUGCGCCGUGCCCGGAUGCCAGACAUGCGACAAUGACGACUGCGGGGUGUGCAAGGUCUGCGCGGACGGCUACGUGCUGGCCGACGACGGCGUCACCUGCGUCUGCGCAACCUGCGACGUGCCCUACUGCGAUACCUGCAGCGUGUACGACUGCAGCGUCUGCGGCACGGUCUGCAUUGAUGGCUACGCCCCUGGUCCUUCUGGCGAGUGUGAGUGUGCAUCCUGCCAAGUCCCCCACUGCGAAAGGUGUGACCCCAGCGACUGCACGAAAUGCGAGAAGUGCACGCACGGGUACGGCCCCAGCGGCGGCACGGACUGCCCGUGCGAGAUGUGCGACGUGACGAACUGCAAGACCUGCGAUCCCGAAGAUUGCGAAAAGUGCGCCGUCUGCAACGAUGGGUACAUCCUCAACGACCCGGGGUACGGGGAGCCCACAUGCGACUGCGAUCCCGCUGCUUGCACGGUCGACAACUGCGACACUUGCGGGCCGGCCGACUGCCAGGUCUGCAGCAUCUGCGUGGAGGGGCUGACCCUGGACUCCUACGGCAACUGCGAGUGCGAGUGCGGCAUCCCGGGGUGCCAGAAGUGCUGCACGAGCGACUGCGGCACGUGCUCGGUGUGCGAGCCCGGGCUGGUGCUCAGCGACGACAAGAAGAGCUGCGUUUGCCCGGAGUGCAAGGUCGAUGACUGCGAGGCAUGCAGCCCCAGCGACUGCUCGGUGUGCGGCAUCUGCGCGCACGGCAAGGUCGUGGAUGCCUACGGCUGCGCGUGCCCACCCUGCGGCAUCGACAAGUGCGUGACCUGUGACCCCUACGAGUGCGGCACCUGCAAGGAAUGCGAGGUCAACCACGUGGUGUCUUACGACGGCAAGUCCUGCGAUUGCGCCUGCGACCACAUUGCCGGGUGCACGGCCUGCGACGAGAACUGCAAGUGCGUGCAGUGCGACAAGGGGCUGAUCCUGUCCAAGUGCGGGUACUGCCUGGAGGAGGAGAGAAGCUGCGACUGGGUGCCCAUCGAGUCUGACGGCAAGUCCUGCGACAAGGUCUGCGCUGAGCACAGCGCUGAACACCCGCUGGCCGUCUCCAGCGGCUUCCAGGGCAAGUACGGCAACGCCUACCCGUGCUUCGCCGACCUGGAUGAUGCGGGCUACCGACCGGGCAACAACUGGGACAAGACACACCCAGAGCUCUGCGUGGUGGAAUACGGAACAACCGGAUAUGACUCCAGUCAGGUCCACACCGCGAACUCCACCUCCUUCUACUGCAUCUGCCAGACUGUGGACGGGCCACUGGACAGCGGCUGGAUCAGGCGCCAGCACAAGAAGGAGCUUGGAGCAGAGGAGCACUGCGAGCUGGGAGACGAGUGUGCUGGCAACGGCAACUGCAGGGACAUUUGCCACCUGAUUGAGAAGGAGCCGGUUGCUUGGGCGGGUCCUGGUGAAGGCUACGGCGGCGACUCCACUAUCGAGUACACCGUCUGCAAGACGGCCAUGCGGGCGGGGUACAAUAUAGAGAACGAGCCGUACAAGGGCUACUGCAUGAACUACGACAAGGGAUACAACAAGGAGUACGAGUGCCUGUGCGCCAACCCGUGCACCACCAAGGCGAAGGAAGAGGACCCCGAUUGCGGGUACGGCGAUGGCGGCUAUGGCGCCAGCGAGGUGCACAUGGCGGUGGUGUAG